AUGUGCGGUGGUUACCGACUCCUUCAGUAUGCACACUUCUAUCUUCCUACAUUACUCCAACGUUUGAAUAGCAUUUGCCCAGAUUCCUAUCUCGUUGGGGGGCUUUUGGACCACUUGACGCAGCGAUAUAGGAAUCAUGAAUUCCAGGCCACGAUGGAUGAUCGGGACCCGCCGUACGCGAAUAGCAUCUACAAGAAACGCUAUCCAACGGCAUAUGAGACCGUCCGUCAGACUUUCAGAUUCCAUCUUGCCGAGAAGCGUUGGGGGUGGAACAGAAACAACAGCGAAGCUUGGGUCAACUUUGAUCCCCUGAUCACCUCGAAAAUGCUCGUCCGUUUGCAGAGCCAUUACGAGGACCUGGUAGCAGAUGAUGACUUCAGUCAUGGAAUGCAAAUACACUACGGCCCUUGCCUGUUUAAAUGCACAUACCUGUUCUGCACGUACAGCCGCCGCGGAUUUACGACGAGACAGGAGCGAGACACCCAUGUAGCAAACCACGAGCGGCCCUUCAAAUGCCCAGUACCGAACUGCAUUUAUUAUACUCUUGGGUUCAACGUGCAGAGACGAUGCAACGAGCAUCUAGCUCAAUUCCAUACUCAAAAGUUCAGUGCAGACGACCUAUCCAACCUGAAACCAGAGGAUGCCCAGCCUCUCCUGUUUACGCUCACGGUAGAAGGCGACGCGGAAAACGUACAACGCCUGAUGUCGUCACCUGGUGGGCAAAAGCUAUCCCCGGAAGUCGUUGCUGCUGCGAGGCUUAUUGCAGCUGAACAGGGCUCACUAGCCAUAACACAACUGCUAGCCCCGCUCGGCGAGACAGAGCUUUCACGGCGGGUCGUACGGGCGGCAGUGAGAAGCGAGAGUAUUGAGUGUGCCGAAUGGGCUAUUGCGAAGGCAGACUCAACCGAUGCUACAGAGCUGAUGAAGGUGGUCCUCAACGUGAAAUCCGAGAGGAUCUAUAGAAAGUGGGAAGAAUACAUCCUGAGCAGGCUAGAAGAAUCUCCACAAGUUCAACCAGAGCCGACCAGCGCAGAGCCAUAUUCUUCACGCCGUUAUAAACACCACAACUCCUUAAUUGACAAUGUAUUCAAACAACCGGUAUUCAGUGACAUCAAGGGUAGUGUUUUGAAGGAAACCAGAUUGCAACAUACCCUGGAGGAGCUCAGAGCAUACAUGAAACCACAUAUACUAGGAGCCAUCCUGGUGAGGAUAGCAAAGUCAAGCUGUACAUUGUCUCUGGCGAAGCAGAUACUGUCGUAUGGGGCACCAGUCGACUACCCACGGGUCAACACUCGUCCUGUGUCACCUCGUAAAGGAACAGGAAUCACGGCGCUGCAUGCAGCAGCGAAGAAGAACACCAAGGAUGCCGCCUUGCUCAUCCAGCUCCUCGUAAUGAAUGGCGCGAUAGAAGAUAUGGCGCGUGUUAGAGAGGAGCCAGGUGCAAAGGGGCUCCCACAAUUUAUCGGCGUCAGCUUCAAUGAUCUUAUCCAGCUCAGGUUGCAAUACCAGCAAACACCCCGUGAACCGUCCUCACCAGGUGUUACAGAUACCGAGCUAAAGAUUGUUGCGGAAAAGAUUGAUUUGACAACCUCAUAG